AUGGGACUGUGCGUUGCUGCAGCCAACGACAGCAGCGAAGACCCGGAUCAGAGGCUAAAAUCAUUAGCAAAACACGAGAGCCUCGAAACGCUCGUCCUGAUGAUUCACAUCGAUCGAUCCUUCGACAGCCUGUGGGCGAAGGUCGAGGAACAUCUCAACACCAAACUAGAAGAAGUUAACGUCAAGCUUUCGAAACGGUUGCGUUCCGAAAUCGUGCUACUUCGCGAAGAUCUCCUACGCACGUGUCCCGAGCAGGAGCUCUCCAACAUGCGCUACGAGCUCUCGCAUCAGCUCACGGAAACGUUUAACGACCAGCUGGAGCUGUUUCAACAGCUCCAAGCUCACCUAGCAGCAGGUGAACAAGCGAUCACUCACCUCGAACACAGCCUCCAGCAGAUCGCACUGGAUGCGCGAGUGUACACGAUCGCACCAACUAAUCACCCCCACACGGAUCAACUUUCCCCAUGGCGAUUGCCUGCGCAGGACACCAGCUUUACGGUGGCGAGCAGUAACGCUCGAAACCGAGCCCUCGGUGGUGGUUGGAUCGUGUUCCAGCAACGGUACGAUGGAUCGGUUAACUUCUACCGGGAUUGGGCGGAUUAUCGGGAAGGAUUCGGUGACAUUGGCGGUGAGUUUUGGCUCGGGUUUGAGAAGCUUCACCGUAUUCUGCAAUCGAGACCACGCCACGAGCUGCUGAUCGAGCUGGAGGAUACUCGCGGUGUGACCGCGUACGCACAUUACGAUGACUUUGUGCUCGGUGAUGAGCAUGAGCAGUACGCACUGUUUGGGGUUGGUCGGUACCAAGGGACGGCUGGAGAUUCACUCUCCAUCCACGAGGGAUCCGAUUUUGCUACGUACGAUCGCCGGCAGAACGAGUGUCCAGAGCAUUACCAGGGUGCGUGGUGGUUUUUGCAGUGCUACGACAGCCACCUGAACGGUGUAUACACUCCCGGUUUGCAGCAAACGUACGGUGGCAUCAUAUGGCACACGUUCCGGGGAGAUUUCGAGUCACUGCGAGCGACCAGAAUGCUCGUACGUCCGCUGGCACCAACCGAUCACUAA